CAUGGGAGAUAAAAACCAAACUUUAUGGAACUAAAAUUUUUGAAAUACGACAUAUGAUGUUUCAUAUUUAAUUAUACUCGUAAAAGGGCCCUUCUUAAUGUAACUGCCGUAUCACGAUUUCUUUCGCCACGCCCCAAAACGCGAAACUGUCCAUCCAUAGGGUCCAUAGGGUGAUUUGGUUUCCUGUAUUGGCUAUGCUGUCUACCGCACAGAGUAAAUGAUAAGCAGAAGCAUAGAAGUGUGUUGUGAAAUGACUGCACUUGUUCAAAUUGGGAUUUUUGUUAUACAUUCUGUUACGGGACACAAAAUAAAUCGUUGCUGGGCUUACGUUGUAGACGCAGGCCAAAAAAUGUCAAUGGACACAAUUCCAAAAGAUUUACGAGGCUUGAGAGCGUGUUUGGUGUGUUCUUUGAUUAAGACUUUUGAUCAGUUCGAAUAUGAUGGAUGUGAUAACUGCGACGAGUUUCUUCGUAUGAAGAAUAAUAGAGAUAAUGUGUAUGAUUGUACCAGUUCCAACUUCGAUGGGAUGAUUGCAGCGAUGAGCCCAGAGGACAGUUGGGUCUGCAAGUGGCAGAGAAUUAAUCGAUUUACAAAGGGCGUAUAUGCUAUCUCUGUGUCUGGACGGCUCCCUCCUGGUGUUGUUAGAGAAAUGAAGAGCAGGGGUAUAGUAUAUCGCCCCCGUGACACUAGCCAGAGGUAAAAAUGCAGUAUGUUCCGGUUUCUACUACUGUGGUCUACGUUAAGAACUAGUGACUGUGAACACCUGUUGGAUGCAGCUAUUGUAGUAUCACAAAAACCAGCUGGACUGUCUUCAUUGCCUGGGAGCUCAGCACAUUCAGGAUCAGCCUUUUGGAGGGAGAAGGACCGUCCAGUUUUCCACAGUUUGAUUUAAUAUACUUGCAUCUUCAUCACAGAGAUUUUACGAGUCAAUAGAGGAUUUAAUCUGCAUUACCACAUUCACAACAGCCCAUCUCUGGUCCACGUCCUGAGUCUGAUGAACCAAGUCCGUUCCUUGUAACUUAUUGCUUCGAGAUCCAUUUUAAUAUUCCUACCUAUGCCAUUUUAUAAACAUAAGAUAUGUUUCAUGAUAAAUGUGUGUUUGAUUUAAACUGUGUGUACAUGAUAAGUGACUGAACUGUAAGUUCUUGGUAAAUAUACCGUUUGAUAAACAUAUGUAAA